AUGUCCGGCCUCUCUCUUGCCGUCGGACAGCGCUCCGAUCACGAUGUGGCGCUUGCGCCGCUGGUCACCACCAGCAAGCACCAGGAUCCCACGGUCAUGGGCGGGGUGAUGGGCUCCCUGAGGGUGAUCGAGCUCCAGCUCGUGGCCUUCAUCAUGGUUUUCUCCGCCAGCGGCCUCGUCCCCCUGCUCGACCUCGUCUUCCCCGCUUUCUCCACCUUCUACGUCAUCGCCCUCUCGCGCUUCGCCUUCCCCUCCAUCGGCUCUGGGGCAAGCGGCGGCGGGGGGCGGGAGCUGUUCCGGGGCAGCCGAGCGUUCCGGGCCUACGUGGUGGUGGGGACGACGGUGGGGCUGUUCCUGCCGCUGGCGUUCGUGCUCGGGGGUUUCGCCCGCGGGGACGACCAUUCGGUGAGGUCGGCCACGCCGCACCUCUUCCUUCUCUCCUGCCAGAUCUUGACGGAGAACAUAAUCAACGGUAUGGCCAUCUUCUCCCCGCCCGUUCGAGCAGUGGUUACGCUGCUGUACACGGUGAGGAGGGUUUUUGUGCUCGUCGACUGGGUUUACGACGUCUGGUUCAACAAGCGGCUUCAGGCCAACGCGUCGGUCAACGACGUGGCUUGGAUGUGGUUCGGCAGGUCGCUGGCGAUAGCUAAUAUGUUGUACUUCUCCAUCAACCUCUUCGUCUUCUUGAUCCCAAAGUUCCUUCCUAGUGCAUUCGAGAAUUACUUCAAGGAGAGGGAUGAAAUCUCCGCGAAAAUGGCGGAGGACAAGCGAGCCAGAGUAGCGGCGGAGCAGCCAACCGAACCCAAAGGCCCAGAGAGCAAGAAAGCCGAUUGAUAACUUAGGACCAAGUCUUGGCUUGGCUUGUGUGGUGCUUAGUUUUGUUUCUGUAAUGGAGGACUGUUUGCUUUCUCUCUGUCCCGUCAUUAUGUAUUGGA